AUAAAAAAAAAAAUUCAAUAAUUCACAACGUCUCUCUUCCAAGGCUAUAUAUAAUGAGCAAAUGAACUAGAUACAUUCAACUAUUCACAUAUGGACAUACACAUACAAUAUUGUGUUUGGACAUUUGCUACUUUGUUAGCAUGCUAUUUUUAUGUGAACAUUUUUGUGUGGAGAUUGAAUGAAUGGUAUUAUAAUAUGAAACUAAGAAAGAAACAAUACCCUCUUCCUCCUGGUCAUUUGGGAUGGCCUCUUAUUGGCAAUAUGAUAGCCUUUGUUAGAGAUUUCAAAUCUGGUCGUCCUGAUUCAUUCAUCAACAACCUUAUUUCCAGAUAUGGACGAACCGGUAUCUACAAGUCACACUUAUUUGGGAGUCCAAGCAUCAUCAUUAGUGAUGCUGAUAUGUGUAGGCGAGUGCUAACAAAUGAUGAGAAUUUUAAAACCGGUUAUCCAAAAUCCACUCUUAAAUUGAUUAAAUGUACUAAAUCCUAUUGGAGUUCUUCUAGAGAAAACCAAAAGCGGUUUAAACGUCUAAUAACCUCAGUUCUUAUGGGUCACAAUACAUUAGAAAUGUACCUAACUCGCAUGGAGGACAUAGUGAUUAAUUCUUUGGAGGAACUUUCUAGUAUGAGUCACCCGGUUGAUUUUCUCAAAGAGAUGAAAAAUAUUUCCUUUGAUAUCAUCAUUGAAAUUUUCAUUGGCUCUUACAAUCAACACAUAGUUACCAAAAUAGGGAAUUCUUUCACUGAAAUUUAUAGUGCUUUGUGGUCUAUGCCCAUUAACUUUCCUGGUUUUGCUUUUCAUAAAGGACUUCUGGCACGUGAGAAGUUGGCCAAAUUAGUACAACCUAUUGUAGAAGAAAGGAGGUUGAUGAAAAGAAAUGGUGACAAAAAAGAUUUACUUGAUAUUUUUUUGGAGUUGAGGGAUGAAGAAGAUGGUUGGAAACCAGAGGAUGAGGACAUUGCUGACAUGAUGAUAGGAUUUGUACUUGCUGGUCAUGAAACCAUAGCAAAUGCUAUGAUGUGGUCAAUUAUAUAUCUUACAAAAAAUCCACAUGUCUUGAAAAAAGCAAAGGAAGAGCAGGAGGAAAUUAUAAAGAAAAGACUGCCCACACAAAAACAAUCAAAUCUUAAGGAGAUUAAGCAAAUGGUUUAUCUUUCUCAUAUAAUCAACGAAGUGUUACGACUUGUCUCUAUGAACUUUGCAAAUUUUCGGGAGGCAACUAGAGAUGUUAAUAUCAAUGGUUAUAUAAUACCAAAAGGAUGGAAAGUUCUCGCUUGGGCAAGAGCUGUUCAUAUGGAUCCUACAUAUUAUUCAAAUCCAGAUGAAUUUAAUCCAUCCAGAUGGAAUGAUCACAAUGCCAAAGUUGGGACCUUUUUUCCUUUUGGAGCUGGAAGUAUGCACUGUCCUGGGAGUGACUUGACAAAAAUUCAAAUUUCCAUAUUUCUACAUCACUUUCUUCUCAAUUACAAGUUGGAGCGAGUAAACCCAGAAUGUCCUAUUACUUACUUACCAUCAUCCAAGCCCAAAGACAAUUGCCUUGCUAAGGUGAUAAAGGUCUCAAGCGUUGGUGCAUAAUUAUCUGUUAUUGGAAUUAAGUUUAAGUUGACUAUUGUUCUCUUGUAAACUUUUAAUUUCACCGAUUAUAUAUAAUCUCUAUUUCGUUAUGUUGAAGAUUUAUUUGUAUGUUUAAUGCGCUUUUUCAAUGUAAAAUUUCGAAAGAGCAAGACAUAGUAUUUUUAUCUAAGAGACAUGGAAUAAAUUCAUCUAUGAAACUUAAUAGAUAGACAUA